ACCGAUGAGAACCGUAAACAAUAUGGACUCAUUCCCAUUGCAAAUUUGAAGGUGGCCGUGCCUCUCAUUAGGAUUAUGAAAAGAAUUGAACAACAAUAAAAGUACCAAUCGGGAAGUUUAGUGGAAAAGGUUCCUGGGGUUUGGGAAUUAGAGAGAGCAAUAAAGACGAAAGAAACAAAGCUUCUGUACUGGAGAACUCAACAAUGGCUACCUCAGCAUCCAAUUCGUCUUCUUCAGAGGAAGAGAUAACACUGACGGUGGAAUGGAGCGGAAAGGAAUACACUAUACGAGUCUGUGGUGAUGACUCUGUGGCUGAGCUCAAGCGUCGAAUCUGCGACCUUACUAACGUCUUGCCCAAGCACCAAAAGCUUCUUUAUCCCGAAGUCGGAUCAGAACUAGCCGAUGAUUCGCUUUUGCUCUCUCAGCUUCAACUCAAAUCAUCUCUCAAGAUGACCACGAUCAGAACUGUUGAAGAUGAUAUAAUCGAAUUAUCGACGAUUAUUGACAAUUUAAAACUUGGGAAAGAUGAAGUCGUUGAUAUCGAGGAGAAGGAUAUCAAUAAGAAGAAACUGAUAUGGCUUAUUAGUAAAUACAAGAUAGAACUUCGUAAUCCCUGUCGUGAAGGAAAGAAAUUGCUUGUUCUGGACAUUAAUUAUACAAUUUACUGUCGUAGCUGUGUUGGUGAAACUCCUCUUCAACGCAUGCGGCCUUUUCUUCAUGAAUUUCUGACAGCUGCCUAUGCUGAAUAUGAUAUCAUGAUAUGGUCCGAAUUCAGCCGUGGGGGGGUUGAAAAACGUAUGUGCUCGCUUGGCGUUUUUGGUAAUCCAAACUACAAAAUCACUGCUGCUCUGGACGCUUUUGCUACAGUCAGAUAUAACACAGGUCGGGGAAUCUUUCAUUGCAAGCCACUAGGCUUGAUUUGGGCACAGUUUCCAGAGUUUUAUAGUUCGAGAAAUACAAUAAUGUUUGAUGAUCAUCAUGACAAUUAUGUAAUGAAUCCUCAAAAUGGGCUGCCGAUCAAGGGAUUCAGUAUAACGCGUGGUAAUCGUGACACUGACCAAGAGCUAAUGAAGCUCACUCAGUACUUGCUUGCCAUUGCGAAACUCGAUGACUUGAGUCAUCUUGAUCAUAACAAUUGGGAGCAACAUGAAGUAUUUGAAAAAAAAAAUCACAUUGUGUCAUCUAUUUAAUUAAGACCCAAAUAUUUAUCUACGGCUUCUAACGGGGAUUUAUUAGAAUCCUAAUAAAGAUACUUAGGGCUAUGGUCCCCAAGAUACCAAAACAAUAACACUUACUUUCUUGACUUUCUUGUAUCGUAUCAAGAGAAAGAUCCACUAAGCAUCAGUUGAAAGAUGAAAUAUGGUAUGUAACAUAUUCUUUCCAAUUUGGUAUAGAUGAUAUUGUGUUAAUAUAUUAUAUAGAUCGCUAAAAAGUGGUAUGUGAGCAUGAAUUUCACGUUGAA